AUGCUAGUCAAAGAUUCAGACGGAGAGUACAAUGAACUUUCUGGGUAUGCGUAUGAGGGGGUAUGGGAGAGAUAUGGCGAACCAGCCCUUCGGAAGUGGAUCUGGACUGUCACGGACUCAGAUGCCCUAUUGAUCCUGGCUUGCAUCGCGCUUUUCAUUGCCGUUACACAGACACGCGCGUGGGUCAUCUAUCGCUAUGUCAUUCUCACCCGGACCCAAGUCCGGCCCGUCAGGCUUCCUGAUGAAUCCUCUCCCGAACCCUUGCUACAUCUUUCACAGGGCAAAGCAAUUGCCGAAGUUCUCCCAUUCGCUAAAAAUGGCAUCUCCAACCUGUGGAGAAAGCGGGCAUCGAUGCUGCGAAGGCGCACUACUCAGCCAGCGCCCGAGCCAGAGCAAGAGCAAGAGUCGAGGUCCGACGAGCCGGCGACUUCACCUUGGUUUGGUAUCAUUGCACUGUUUAACGUGGCAAUUUUCGUCACACUGGGCGUCGUUAUACCAUGGCUGCUCUCCUUCGGAUCCGCAGAAACCCCAGUAGUGAGAUCAAAGGCUACUGACAGUUGUUUGAAGUCGGACAAGUUGGCCAACCUGUUCACUCUUACUUCUAUCUCGCCUAAGUCAGGGGCCAUCUUCUCACAGUGCCUGGAUCGUUUGGAUGGUGGCUGUGACGCUCCGUUUUAUCUCGAACAGCCGGUGGUGACCAAGAAGCGUUUGGACCACUGCCCAUUCCAUGGAAACAUCUGCCACAACCAGACACGUCCAUUCCAGAUCACCCAUGGCAAUGUGACUGCACGCCAGUUGGGGGUCAAUUCCAAAGCACAGAUUUCAUUCAACCACCGGCUCACUUGCGCGCCGGUUGAUCUCUCUCCCUUUCUUCUCUUCUCAAGAGAUACGCCAGUUCAGACCUGGAUAUCUACCAGAAAUUUCGAUCUCCCCAACGGGAAAGCUUUGUGGCCAAACUUUACCAUGCCGUUAAACACUGUGAACGGGCCCAACAUCGUGUCCAACCAGAGUUCGGGGCUUCGCAUGGCGCGGGAGCAUAGUCCCUACGACCUUACAGUACUGCCUAGGCGCUGGGCUGGUUACGAGGGUGUCAUGGCCGACCCAGAAGCACUCCACAAAAGCAUCCAGCGAGAUGACGGACUGGCGUACCUCAUCGUAUACCGAUCUGGAGCCACACAAUACUUGGGUCCCGUCGAUGACCCCUUCUUUGCUGCUCACAACAUGGGCUGGUCGAAUCAGACCGACCACUACUACGCAGAUCGUGAAGCCACCGCACUGGCUUGCUUCGAGACUUCCCAGUACUGCGUGAUAGGGUCUGGAGUCUGUACUCCGUGGGGUCGAGGGGCGACGCAAGCAUAUAAAAUAGUGAAAUACCCCGGUUUGAGUGUCGAUUCUCUUGCAGAAGUGAUUGCCUUAUUGAGACUUCUACCAUCCUUCUUCUCGGUAUUCACUUACCUCGCCGAGCUGACUGAAUGGCAUGGGAUGAUGCCUUUGAAACAGAUCGGUAUCAGACCAUACAUGUUCACCGUCCUCGACGACAACAAAGAGCAGUGGGUCAUUGAGGUGGAAACGUGGUUCAGAAAAUCCAUUCUCAGCGCUAUUCUUACAGUGCGCCACGGGGCGAGGUUCCAUCUGAAUGAAUAUUCCGUCUUUUUCGACAACCCCAAAGUGCUGGAGGGAUUUCUCAAGAAGUGGUCUCUGUGCGGGAGGAUCCUCUUUCGAGAUGGGAACUACACCAAUAUCAACUGGAUCGGAUUCUGGGCGACCAUGACUCUCUUCGGAUUCAUAUGUCUCUUGAGCUUUUUUAUCGAACAGGCCCAUAUGACUGGGGCAGCUUUGUGCAAGACCACACGGACACUCCUGAUCAAACUCACACGAAUCGGCCAUAAAAUAAAUUUGGCAGUGACGGCAUGUGGUAGACAAGGGGUCGAUGGAUGGCGGUACUGGGUGCUACGGUUCUCGAGAUCACAUCCCCUGUUCCACCCGGCCACUCCCCCGAGACCCAGGACUCGCGACCAGGAACAAGGACCGGCCACCGUGGACUCAGAGCUACACGAUCUGGGAGACUAG